UACAUAGGCUGACGAAACAAGAACCCAGCAAUUCAAGAAGUGAUCUUUAUAUAACUCGUUAUAACAUGAUUGCACUGUCAAUGCAUAAAACUUAAACUCUUUUAAAAUACUGUGCGGCCUGAUCUGCUAGUCGCGAUCUAACAGACUGGACCCGUUCAACAUGCCAGGUAGAAAUAGCCAAAAUCUAUGCAACUCUGGCUCCAGCACAUAUCGUUGAUACAAACGCUGAUGAAACAAGAAUCCAGCAAUUCAAGAAAUGAUCUUUAUAUAACUCGUUAUAACAUGAUCGCACUGUCAAUGCAUAAAACUUAUAAACUCUUUUAAAUACUGCGCGACCUGAUCUGCUAGUCGCUAUCUAGCAGACUGGACCGAUUCAACAUGCCAAGUAGAAAUAGCCAAAAUCUAUGAUACUCUGGCUUCAGCACAUAUCGUUAAUACAUAAGCUGAUGAAACAAGAUAUGCAGCAAUUCAAGAAAUGAUCUUUAUAUAACUCGUUAUAACAUGAUCGCACUGUCAAUGCUUGCGCGACCUGAUCUGCUAGUCGCUAUCUAACAGACUGGACCCGUUCAACAUGCCAGGUAGAAAGAGCCAAAAUCUAUGCAACUCUGGCUCGAACACAUAUCGUUAAUACAUAAGCUGAUGAAACAAGAAUCCAGCAAUUCAAGAAUCAAUAUAUAUAUAAACUUCUUAACUCCCAACUAAUCAAUACAGUGCUCACCAACACUGCUAGACAUUUUUCCGAUUAGCCGAACUAAGAAAUGGCGAACACAGAGGUGAUUUUGCUGGACUUUUGGCCUAGUAUGUAUGGCAUGAGAGUAAGGGUAGCACUAGCUGACAAGGGUGUAAAGUUUGAGUACAAAGAAGAAAACAUGGCUGAAAAAAGUUCAGUUCUUUUGGAAAUGAAUCCAGUUUACAAGAAAAUACCAGUUUUGAUUCACAAUGGAAAACCAAUUUGUGAAUCACUAAAUGUUGUCCGGUAUAUCGAUGAGGUCUGGAAGGACAACGUUACGCUUCUUCCUACUGAUCCUUAUGAGAAAUAUAAAGCUUUGUUCUGGGCUGACUAUGUGGAGAAGGUGUUUGAUUCGGGGCGUAAGCUAUGGAUGGGAAAAGGAGAAGAAAAACACACAAGAAAGGAAAACUACAUAGAAAGUUUAAGGAUGCUAGAAGGAAUACUUGGAGAUAAACUUUAUUUUGGUGGUGAAAAUUUUGGGUACUUGGACAUUUCACUCAUAGGAAUUUGCAGUUGGUACUAUACUUAUGAGAAAUUUGGAGAAUUUAAUACAGAAAUUGAGACACCAAAGAUUAUUGCAUGGAUGAAAAGAUGCAUGAAAAGGGAAAGUGUUUCCAAAUAUGUUGUUGAACCCCUAAAGGUUUAUGACUUUGCUUUGCAAAUUAGAAAGCAUUAUGGUAUAGAGUAGAUGAAUCUUUGGUGAAUUUGAGAACUUUUGUCUGUUCUGAUAUCAUGUUUUAAUAAGAUAAUG